UGAUAUUCAAUAGGACGAUUAAACUGGCAUGAACCAAGGACGAUCAAAAUUGUUAGAAUUACGUUCAACAUUUUGUCCAAUGGGCAUUAAAAACGUAAUCAGUUCAUGGGUUCACUUCACCGCAUUCUUUGCGAAGCACAUCACACCCUGACCUUCCAGGAGAACAGACCACCUACCCAGCGCAAGACCAAUAAAGACCGUGAAGAUAAAAUGGCGGACGAAAGAAUGAACAACUCACUCGGCAGACUCUUCGACAUGAUCGACACUGAUAAAAAUGAUGGAGGGGUCGUGACAUCUGGUGAACUUUUCAAUGCAUUUUUGAAAUUUGCAACAUCGGCAGAUGCGAUGAAUACCCUGUCAAAUAUUGGAAAAUAUCUGAUGGAUGCCGAUGGUGACGGACGUGUUGCCGGCAAUGAGCAACAAAUAACGAAGGAAAAUUUCGUGAAGAAAAUGGGCUAUUUUCACGACCAAUGGACCAAGAUGGAUGGCAUGUUCAAAGAUAUUGAUACAAACGAUGACGAAGCAAUUUCUGCUAAGGAAAUCGAAGAUCACAAGGUUGAAACACCUCAGUGGCUAAAGGAGGCUAUUGAUGCUGCCUCUGAGGGAGAAAAACUUAAGCGACACGAAAUCUUUUUGAGAUUUCUCCUGACCACUUCCCUAAACCUACCAACAGCUCCACAAUAAUUAGUACAUCUUGAUAGCAACAAUAUCUAAUAUGGAUGACCUUGGCUCGACGACCUUGACCUUGAUGGCAGACGACCCUGAACCUGUUGUCGAAUGUGGGCUGGCGAUGCCAAUGGUUAAUUUGAUUUUUAAAGCUUCAAAAUACCUGAAAAUAUUGUCAACUUGUUUUGUCAGUUACAGAAACUCAUAGUCACAACUAAAAUAAUUGAACGAUAGAACUAUACUACAAUAUCAAUUGGGUCAUUUCAAAACCAUUGAAAUCCUAUCAUGUCCAAUUGAUGACGAUUGCAUUAAUUUGUUCAGGCCUGUUAAAACAAGUAAAAACACCUGGAUGCAACGUUUACUAUCCCACUUUCAGGAUGCUGCAACUACGAUUCGCGUAAAAAAGUCCUUCUUCUGAGCUGGAACGAGUUUCAGUGACAUCGUUACACAGUCCUAAAUUAACAUCAACGUUUACGCCUACUAUUCUAAUACUUAAACGAUCCUAUUAGCCCUGUGGCAAAGGCAACCUUGUACACAUCCCUGUUUGAUAAAUCGUCAAUGAUUUUACCAAGUAAACAAUCAACAAACUUUGCAUUUUGAGAAAACUCACUCAAAAAUUCCGUAUCGUUUGAAUGACUCUGUGCAUUACAUAUGCAAGAGUAUAAUGGCACAAAAUGCAUGAAUAGAGGGUAGAAAGGUAUACACAUAGAAUUGACAUGACUUUGAAUAUCACCAUGAUAAUUGGUGUGAAAGUCGACAUGGCUAGUACAUCUCAGAUGGCGCUGUUAUCUCAAUUUCAGAAAUAUUGUGGACUGGUCACUUUGUUAAAUCAUCGACGAAAUGUAGCAUCA